AAUGUAUGUGUAUCUGAUGUGUCGAUCUGCUGCUCGUCGAACCAACCGUCAAGCACGAAGCACGCCUGGCCAUCGUGGGCAGCAGCGCCGCCGAAGCUUCAACGCAGUCGCACGUCGCAAGUCGCAACUGGCAAAGCGGCAUCGGCCUCGUCUUCUGCGGGCUGACGUUCCAUGUCGGUUGCGGUAGAUGCAUUCCGAAGGAAGCAUGUCCAGCGGCGGUUCCGUUCGCGCCACGUCACAGUCCAAAGCAGUACGCCAUCUCAUCCUGUGCGGUCGCGGUCGCGGUCAGUUCAGAAUGAACAAGGUCGGGUUGAUUGGUUUCCAGAUGCGUGCCAUGUACCAGCCUCGUGGGUCUGGGUCUGCCUAAGCACUGCCACUGGCCUCGUGUGCAUAAUCAAGUCUGAUAUCUUGUGCAUAAUCAAGUCUGAUAUCUGUGUGCAUAAUCAAGUCUGAUAUCUGUGUGCAUAAUCAAGUCUGAUAUCUGUGUGCAUAAUCAAGUCUGAUGUCUGUAUGCAUAAUCAAGUCUAAUAUCUGUAUGCAUAAUCAAGUCUGA